AUGGAUUGGUCUAUGCCCGUCCGCCACCGCCGGGGCCUCCAAUCGCUGCAGCCUGUCCACCGCCGCCUCUGUUCAUCUCUCUCGCGCGCCUCCUCCCGCCGCUACCUUGAGCACGAGAGCAGAGAGGCCACGCUCGGCGCGAGAGCGAGGGACGCCCAGGUCCGGCGCGCCGAGUCUGCCUUCCAGUCGGCCGUCUCGUACCUGCUGCCCAAAGACGCUGUCGCCGAGGCCGCUGUGCACGCGGAGCGGUCGGGGCAGGGCGGAGGCCACGCCGCCUUUGGCGACGAGGCUGGCUCACACGUCGAGCGUGCAAUCAACAGGGCGGUGCGCGAGGGCCUCUUUGAUGACCUGGAAAAUGCGGGCAAGCCGUUGCGGCAGCAAUCGGAGAACGUCUUCGAGGUGCUUGCUGGCGAGACUACCGCCAAUCGGAUCCUCAAGCAGGCCGGCUGCGCCCCCGCUUGGAUCGAGCUGAGGAAGGAGAUUCGGCACGGCCUCGCGGCCUCGCGCAGGCAGCUCGCGAUUGCCUACAUCCAAGUGGUGGACGAGCAUUAUGACGAAUCCGCCGGCGCAACACCGGCCGCCGCAGCGGACGCCGCCGCGGCGACAAAAGCUGCCGGUGCCGAGGGGCCAGAAGAGGGCGAGUGGGAUGAGUGGGAUGACGUGUUGUGUCAUCGAUGGGAGGUGGCGCUGGCCGAGUUUGAGGAGCGGUGCGCCGAGCUCAACGCACGGAUCGACGACUUCAACCUCGUCGUGCCCGGGCUGUGGCAGCAACUGCCGCGGGUGACCCUCGCGCCCGCCGUCAUCCGCGCCAUCGACGAGGCGGAGGCGUUGCUGGCGGCGCGCCGAGCCGGGUCCUGGAGCUUGCCCGCCUCUGCCCGCCGCAACAAGGGCGGCGCUGGCGCGUUGGCCUCGGCGCGCUCCCUCACCGCGUUUGGUGCGAGUUUUGCCCUUUCAGACGUGGAGAUGCCCUCCCUCGCCAGCGCUCUUGGAGCAAUCUUUGCGAGGCCGGGCAGGUGA